GUAAACUCAGAUUAAAGGACAUAGAAAUAAAAUGUACAUAUUUGUCACCGUGCUCUUUAUCUUGACCUAACAUGAUCGCAUGUUGCUCUCAUGACCGAUCGGGCGAGGCUGUUAUCAGUGUUACAGCUAAUCAAGGGCCAUCGGAUGAGGAGCCAGAGGUUACAGGUAGAUUAAAGGUAAAUGUAAAAAUUACUAUGUAGAGCACAUAUAACGUUAUACACUAUACCGGUCGUGAUCGCUGAACUGUUUAUAAGUUCCUAAAAAAACGAUGACUGGCCGGAUAGGAGGAGGUGAAGUUGCCAUUAUAACUGGUGCUAACGGAGGUAUUGGCCUGACUCUAGCAGAGAGACUCCUAACCAUACACACGGACCUCCACCUUUGCUUGGCAUGUCGAAACCGACAGAGAGCCCAGACUGCUCGAGAUGUUCUGCUCCUCUCUCAUCCAAAAGCCCAAAUCUCCAUAGUAACAUUGGAUACCAGUGAUAUUCAAUCUGUUCUUUCAGCUGUGAGGGAUAUAAAGAAGCUAUUUUCAAGAAUAGAUUAUUUGUACCUCAAUGCUGGGAAGAUGAGUGUGAAGCAUUUAAACUUUUCCAACUUGUUUAAAUCCAUUCUGAAAAUGAACACACUAUUUCUGUUCAACACUGGACAUGGGCUACUGGUUCACUCUGACCAACACACGUCCGAGGGUCUUAUGAGCACGUUUGCUACAAAUGCUUUUGGACAUUUUGUACUGGUAAAGGAGCUUGAGGACAUCCUUGGAGGUACUAAGCCUUCACAGGUAAUCUGGACAUCAUCUGUGGCAGGUGUUCGUUCAGCUUUUAACCCACGGGACAUACAGGCCAAAAAUGGAAAGGAUCCCUAUGGGUCAACAAAAUGUGUGAUUGAUACUACAAGUAUGGUGUUGAAUGAGAGGCUGAAUAAAGGGAACAUCUACUCCCAUACGACAUGCCCAGGACUUGUCCUCACCAACAUGACCAAUGGUAUUUUAGCCUCUUGGAUCUGGUGGCUCAUCCUCCCCUUUAUGUACAUUUUCCGAUUGGUGUUGGACCAUCUAAGUAUUGAUACCUAUAAAGGAAGUGAGCCUCUGGUGUGGCUAUCACAACAGGAGCCGAAGAGUCUGAAGACCAAUGUACGAUACCACAGUUGUACUGACGUCUGGGGGAACACCUCCGUCCAACCAUUUCAGGUAAACUUUUCUUUGGAGGAGUCGCUCAAGGUGUACGAAGAAAUGGAAUCGCUUUACAAAGGCUUCAAAGAAAAGUACAAGAGCCUAGAGCAAUGAGAAAAAAACAAUAAACAGUUAAGUCUGUGAUGAUUUUUAUGUAAGCUUAAGACUUACUGUAAUUAUCUCAGGACAUUUUAGAUCCUACCUCACAUGUGGCGCUACAGUUUAUAUUCUUCUUUGUUAUUAUUAUACUUAUCUUUAUUUAGACUUAGUUCAUUUAUAACUUGGUUUAGUUUAAGAUCUAGUUCAUUUAUAACUUGGUUUAGUUUAAGAUCUAGUUCAUUUAUAACUUGGUUUAGUUUAAGAUCUUAGGGUUUAGUGACUAGUUCUAUUUAUUAAGAGUUAAUGAUGUUGUAGUAUGAACGAUGUAAAACUAUACUUUAUAUUCUUAUAUUUUUAUUCUUGAAAUGUGGCUAUAUGAUUUAAAAUGUACAGUAAAUUACCUUCAAUGAUCCUUGUACAAUAAAGAAUUGUUUACCCAGUGAUCUCUGUAUUAACUACCAGCUAUAAAUAGAAAAUGAAAUAUAUUUCAUAGAUGCCAAAAGGCGGAUGAAUUCAGUCACAUAUGUCUAUUUACAUUUAUUGUGAGUCGACCAGUACAGUCUCUUCUUUUUUGGUACUUUGGGGAUGAAAUUUUUAUGACAGGUAUGUCAUGACGAAGCCCGAAGUAGCAUGAAACUGGUCAACUUACAAUAAAUUGAUGAACCCAGCCUAUAUGCCAGUUGUGAUUGACUUGUAUUUAUCUUAAGUUUUCUUAUCCACCUCUCAUAGGAACCCUUUACCCACCUCUCAGGGAGGCCAUGGAACCCUUUAACCACCUCUCAGGAGAGGCCUUAGAACGCUUUCUCCACCCCUCAGGAGAGGCCAUGGAACCCUUUAUCCACCUCUCAGGAGAGGCCAUGGAACCCUUUAUCCACCUCUCAGGAGAGGCCAUGGAACCCUUUACCCACCUCUCAGGAGAGGCCAUGGAACCCUUUACCCACCUCUCAGGAGAGGCCUUGGACCCCUUUCUCCACCUCUCAGGAGAGGCCUUGGAACCCUUUCUCCACCUCUCAGGAGAGGCCUUGGAACUCUUUCUCCACCUCUCAGGAGAGGCCUUGGAACCCUUUAUUCACCUCUCACAGGAGGCCUUGGAACCCUUUAUCCACCUCUCACCUGAGGCCUUGGAACCCUUUAUCCACCUCUCACCUGAGGCCUUGGAACCCUUUCUCCACCUCUCAGGAGAGGCCUUGGAACUCUUUCUCCACCUCUCAGGAGAGGCCUAGGAACCCUUUACCCACCUCUCAGGAGAUACCUUGAAACCCUUAUCCACCUCUCACAAGAGGCCUUGGAACUCUUUACCCACCUCUCACAUGAGGCCUUGAAACCCUUUACCUAUCUCUCAGGAGAGGCCUUGAAACCAUUUACCUACCUCUCAGGAGAGGCCUAGGAACCCUUUCUCCACCUCUCACAGGAGUCAUUGGACCCCUUUACUCACCUUUGAAGACAACCACUGUUGACUGUAACCCCACUUUUCAAAGACUGAAGAAAGAUAUAUUAACACCCCACUUGUACAAUAUGGGUUGAAAGGGCAAUGAUGGACUAGAGAUUUGCUCUUCAUUGGUCAGAAGAAAAUUAAUUUGUGGCAGAUUUAUUUGUUAAAUCGUCGCUAGAGGAGAUCUAAUUACAGUCUGUGCAUUAUAGCACAGUUUGGUAUUCAGCUAAUUUUGACUCUGAUGUCAUACACCAUUGCUGAUAAUGAAUGGAGAUAUUUUGCUUUUGAGUUAAUGAAAGCCAAAUACUAUGAAGUUCAUUUGAAUCAAAUAUUAUAGUAUCAAGUAAUAUUUUAUUCAUUAACACAUUAUUUUAUUUUAGGAACAGUGAUAUAUUAAUGUUAUAGGUAAUAUGUGAAUAUAGUUAUUUGUUGGAGCACUACAUAAAUAUUUAGAUAUCUCUUUUAUCUUUAAAAGGAAAUACUUUUUGUCAUCAACUAUAAACGGUUAUCUAAGAUACGUAAGGAUACGUAAUAUUUUAAGCUUAUCUUUAAGUCAAUGAACCUUUUAUCAUUGAACAGAAUCUGUUUGAAAUGAAAGUACAUAAAAUAAAGUAUUAUGUACUUGUA